AUGGAGCUCCGUCCACUCCGUGUGAUGAUCUUGCUUAUUUCACUUAUCCGAGUCGGACAAGCUCAAGAAUGUAAGUUGUUUACAUUGACACUGUGUGUUUGCUUUUUGACUUUUUCACCAGUUCUGUCUGUGGAGCCGAAUUCACCUCAAAUAUUCAGAGGAGAGACGGUUACACUCACAUGUAGGAUUUCAGGAGGAAAUGGACCGUACUACUGGUACAAAGAUCGUGUUAAUGUUCACAGAUCGGCUGAAAAUUACUACACUAUAAAAGUAGAUCAGAGUCACAGAUACAGAUGUUACGGGUUUAUUGAUGGAUGGUCAACGGCAUGGAGUAAUGAAGUGACUCUCUCAGUGAUAGAGAGACCAAAAGCCGUUCUGACUCUGCAGCCUGAUGGACAGAUAUUCAGUGGACAGGAAGUCACUUUCACAUGUGAAAUACGAGGACAUGCAGACACUGAGUGGAUGUACAACUGGAAUAAAGAUGACGUCCAAAUAUCCUCCUACACUGAGAGCAGGAAAUAUUCAUUCACUGCUGUAGAGUCUCUCAGCGCUAAAUACACCUGCAGCGGACGGAGAAGAAGCGACUCUCAGACCUCAGAGACCAGCAACACUGUUACACUCACUGUGUCAGAAAAACCUAAACCUAAACUCACACCAAGUCAUGAAGGAGCUGUACUGAAAGGAAACCCAGUGACUCUGUCCUGUACACUGAAGCUGCAGUCUGCUGGAUGGAAGUUUUACUGGAUCAAACCCACACAGAGCACUGAGACUGAGACUGAAACAGACUACUACAACAUCAGCUCCGUUAGAGACUCUGAUGGGGGUCAGUACAGGUGCAGAGCUGGAAGAGGAAACCCAGUCUACUACACACACUACAGUGAUGCACUCUGGGUAAAUGUUACUGGUGAGUAAAAACAGG